AUGCUUGCGUCGGUGCGCAUACGAAAGAAUAAUACGUCAAUGAUGAUGGUGGAAAGUGACCACUUAAGGACAUUACAAAAUGAUCCUGGACUACAUGGUUAUGAUGGACCCUUAAGCUAUAUGUCUCCAGAUGAUCCGGACCGAAUUUCCCCAACAAUUGUGCCGGAAGGGACGGACUCUACUUCUGGAAUUACAUCCGUACCAAAUAAUAGUUCAUCGGAAGGCGUUGAAGAAUCAGCAGACAAUUUGAUAAAUACGACAGCUGUUCCCAAUAGUACAAGUGUGACUUUUGAACCUGAUGAUGAACCAUCGGUGGAGCCAUGGAACGAUGAAAUUGAAGAAAGUGUCAUACCUCUCGGCGAACAUCCAAAAAUGAAUGAGAUUAUCACUAAUUUGGAUAUAUUUGUGAUGGCACCGGCUCGGAGGAAUAUUACAUAUAAAUGUCGCAUAACCCGAGAUAAGAAAGGUGUUGAUCGCGGGAUUUACCCAAUUUAUUACCUUCAUCUUGAGAAGGAUGACGAAAAGAGGAUAUUUCUUCUGGCUGCUCGAAAAAGAAAGAAAAGUGCGACAGGUAACUACUUGAUUUCAGUUGAUCCCACCGAUUUAAGCCGUGAUGGUAAUUCUUUCAUUGGAAAAGUGAGAUCAAAUGCACUUGGAACCCACUUCACUUUGUAUGAUAACGGAGAGAAUCCAAAAAAGACAUCAGUGAUUGGUGAUUUGGUGAGGCAAGAACUUGCAGCUGUCAUUUAUGAUACAAAUGUUCUGGGUUUCAAGGGUCCAAGAAAGAUGACUAUAUUGAUUCCAGGAAUUUGCGAUGCUGAAAAUUACCGCAGGAAAGAAAUUCGGCCUGUUUUGGAGCGAGAUUCCAUUUUGGAAAGGUGGAAGAAUCGAGAAUCAGAUGAUUUGAUUGCACUGCAAAACAAAAGCCCUGUUUGGAACGAAGAUACUCAGUCAUAUGUUUUGAAUUUUCAUGGUCGUGUCACUCAAGCAUCUGUGAAAAAUUUUCAAAUUAUUCAUGAGGCUGAUCCCAAAUACAUUGUAAUGCAGUUCGGACGAAUUGGUUAUGAUACAUUCACAAUGGAUUUCCGAUAUCCACUGUCGGCAUUGCAGGCAUUUGGCAUUGCUAUGACAAGUUUUCAUGGCAAAAUCGCUUGUGAAUGA